AUGUCUCUGGGGACACCUGUCUGUGGGGACACCUGUCUGUGGGGGACACCUGUCUCUGGGGACACCUGUCUGUGGGGACACAUGUCUGUGGGGACACCUGUCUCUGGGGACACCUGUCUGUGGGGACACCUGUCUGUGGGGGACAUCUGUCUGUGGGGACACCUCUGUUGGGACACCUGUCUGUGGGGACACCUGUCUGUGGGGACACCUCUGUUGGGACACCUGUCUGUGGGGACACCUGUCUCUGGGGACACCUGUCUGUGGGGGACACCUGUCUCUGGGGACACCUGUCUGUGGGGACACAUGUCUGGGGGGGACACCUGUCUGUGGGGACACAUGUCUCUGGGGACAUCUGUCUGUGGGGACACCUGUCUGUGGGGGACACCUGUCUCUGGGGACACCUGUCUGUGGGGACACAUGUCUGUGGGGACACCUGUCUGUGGGUACACCUGUCUGUGGGGACACCUGUCUGUGGGGACACAUGUCUCUGGGGACACCUGUCUGUGGGGACACCUGUCUGUGGGGGACACCUGUCUCUGGGGACACCUGUCUGUGGGGACACAUGUCUGUGGGGACACCUGUCUGUGGGGGACAUCUGUCUGUGGGGACACCUGUCUGUGGGGACACCUCUGUUGGGACACCUGUCUGUGGGGACACCUGUCUGUGGGGACACCUCUGUUGGGACACCUGUCUGUGGGGACACCUGUCUGUGGGGACACCUGUCUGUGGGGGACACCUGGGACAACUGUCUGUGGGGACAUCUGUCUGUGGGGACACCUGUCUGUGGGGGACACCUGUCUGUGGGGGACACCUGUCUGUGGGUACACCUGUCUGUUGGGACACCUGUCUGUAGGGACACCUGUCUGUGGGGGACAGCUGUCUGUGGGGGACACCUGUCUUAGGGGACACCUGUCUGUGGGACACCUGUCUGUGGGGGACACCUGUCUGUGGGGGACACCUGUCUGUGGGGGACAUCUGUCUGUGGGGACACCUGUCUGUGGGGACACCUCUGUGGGUACAGCUGUCUGUGGGGGACAUCUGUCUGUGGGGGACACCUGUCUGUGGGGACACCUGUCUGUGGGGGACACCUGUCUGUGGGGACACCUCUGUCGGAACACCUGUCUGUGGGGACACCUGUCUGUGGGGGACACCUGUCUGUGGGGGACAUCUGUCUGUGGGGACACCUGUCUGUGGGGACACCUUUGUGGGUACAGCUGUCUGUGGGGGACAUCUGUCUGUGGGGUAAAUGUGUCUGUGGGGGACACCUGUCUGUGGGGACAUCUGUUUGUGGGGACACCUGUCUGUGGGGGACACCUGUCUGUGGGGACACCUCUGUGGGUACACCUGUCUGUGGGGGACAUCUGUCUGUGGGGACACCUGUCUGUGGGGACACCUUUGUGGGUACAGCUGUCUGUGGGGGACAUCUGUCUGUGGGGUAAAUGUGUCUGUGGGGGACACCUGUCUGUGGGGACAUCUGUUUGUGGGGACACCUGUCUGUGGGGGACACCUGUCUGUGGGGACACCUCUGUGGGUACACCUGUCUGUGGGGACACCUGUCUGUGGGGGACACCUGUCUGUGGGGACACCUGUCUGUGGGGACACCUGUCUGUGGGUACACCUGUCUGUGGGUACACCUGUCUGUGGGGGACACCUGUCUGUGGGGACACCUGUCUGUGGGGGACACCUGUCUGUGGGGGACACCUGUCUGUGGGGACACCUGUCUGUGGGGACACCUGUCUGUGGGGGACAUCUGUCUGUGGGAACAUGUGUCUGUGGGGACACCUGUCUGUGGGGGACAUACUUCUUCUUCAGUCCAUAUGA